AUGGCCCCAGCGCAUCCGGAUAUCCGUGCGGAUGCGGAUAUCCGGCUGCUAUUUCUGGGGAAAACACCAUCCGCAGCCGCUGGCAGAUAUCCCCCCGCCUUAGCGGGUAUCCUUGGAUACCCACCCUUUAAAGGGCCAGCGAGGCACCGACUGGAAGGGUUUCCUUCCAGCCGGAGAGGUGCAUCCUUGCCAACUGGAAGGGUUUCCUUCCAGUCGGCGAGGUACAUCCUCGCCGACUGGAAGGGCUUCCUUCCAGCAGGCAAGGUACAUCCUCGCCGACUGGAAGGGCUUCCUUCCAGCAGGCAAGGUACAUCCUCAGGGUGUAAAUGGGUUGGGUUGACCCAAAGCCGACCUGAGACCCGACGGGUCAUGGGUCGGGUUUGGGCAGACUUUGUGAGAAAAUCACAUGACCCGAACCCGACCCGGAAGCUUAGCGGGUCGGGUUCGGGCAGGUGUUUUGAUAGUCGGGCAGCCGAACCCAAAAAGUCCCAAGACGGGUUCGGGUCUGGGCAGCAUAUAUUCAAGUUUGACCCGACUCGACCCAACCUGACAUAG